CACUGAGCUAACCACGACAGCUGAUGGCGGUCGGCCGUUAACGGUGACAUCCGCCCCCUCGUCUUCCCCGUUACGCGUUUCCGAGUACCGAUCGUCGUCGACGUCGAUACCGUCGCCGGACCCCCCACACAGCACCGAUUGCACUUUCGCCAGAAACACAUGGCCACUCCGAAAGCAUAAUUAGACGAGUUAGAAAGCGAGCAUAAACAUGACUUGGUGUGACGAGAAGUGCCUUCUGUAUUCUGGAACGAGCAUCGCGGAUUAAACACACUCGACCUCGUAAUAAUUAUCAAGACCUUGUACGUUUUAUUUCCUAAAUAUAUUGGAGAGUGUCAAAAUGUUAAUCAAGUAUUGCAUGUGUCAAGUUUAAAUAAUUUUCAGUCCACUCAGUUUCACUGCUGUGAACGAAUAAUGAACAUUUAAAUUUGGUGAUACAUAUGAAUUAUCAGAACAUAAAGGAUUGAUACUUAUAAUAUGCAAGAAUCAUGAUAGCUGAAGAUUUAAUCUAAAACAUUACACUUAUUUGUGAGAAAGAGGACACAUACAAUAUAUAGUGGCAGCAGAUAUGUUUGGUUGUCCUAGAGAAGCUGUACGAGUCAAAGUUAAGAAAUGCGAAACCAGGCAUCAACCCGAGUAUCGCAAGUUCAGUGUGGACCCUCAAAUAACAUCGAUAGAGGUACUGCAGAGCAUCCUCAUCAAGGCUUUCGACAUAAAAGGGGAAUUCACCGUUUCAUAUCGAGCGAUCGACGAUUAUGGCUCGGAGACGUAUCUAUUCCUACUCUCGGACUGGGACUUAGACGCCGCGUUCAUCAGCGCGUCCGAGCCGUACCUCUAUCUGCAGGUGAACCUGAAACCAUUCGGCGAAACCGGAGACUGCGAGUGCUACUGGGAGCAAAAUGCGCAAGAAGUCUCGACGCGUCAGCAGGAAACGGGGUUUCCUUACAAGACGCCAAAACUACCUGGUCUCAUAAUGAAUAAGAUGGAAAGGACACUCAAUAUGGUACAGCGUGCGUUGGGCAACUUGGGUGAAGAGUCGUCUCAUCAGCAGAGUGCUCAGCCUCCACGGCCACCGCUGAUGGACGCUGAGUUUCGUCGAUUUCUAGAUCCAAUCGGCCAGGUGGUGCACUCCAAGGAGCUGCGGGCGGUUAUUUAUUUCGGCGGGAUCGAGCCAAGUCUGCGCAAGGUGGUCUGGAAACAUAUCCUGAAUGUAUACCCGGAGGGGAUGUCGGGUCGCGAACGCAUGGAUUAUAUGAAGAGGAAAGCGCAGGAGUACCAAAAUUUACGCGAACGAUGGAAGGUGCUGGUGCAGAAGGGACAGAACAUCGGCGACCUCGCUUAUGUCACCGGUAUGGUGAGGAAGGAUGUCCUGAGAACGGACAGGCAUCACAAGUUUUACGGUGGCUCAGACGACAAUCAGAAUAUCGCAAGUCUCUUCAACAUUCUGACGACGUAUGCUUUAAAUCAUCCGAGUGUAAGCUACUGCCAGGGCAUGAGCGACCUGGCCUCGCCUCUCCUCGUCACGAUGCGGGACGAAGCGCAAGCCUACAUCUGCCUCUGUGCUCUCAUGAGAAGAAUGAAGGACAACUUCAUGCUCGAUGGUAUUGCCAUGACUACCAAAUUUGCUCACCUCGCAGAAGGUCUCCAGCACUACGAUCCUGACUUCUACGCGUACUUAAAAUUGCAUCAAGCGGAUGAUCUACUAUUCUGCUAUCGCUGGUUGUUGUUGGAAAUGAAACGUGAAUUUGCGUUGGACGACGCGCUCAGAAUGCUUGAGGUUCUUUGGGCGUCUUUACCCGCAUCACCGCCAAACGGCGAACUGGGUCUUGCUGAGGUGCCUUUUCCACCGCCAUCGCCGCCUCCAAGUCCGAACGUCAAGCAUAUUCGCGAAAACGCCUACACCAAAGUCUGCGCCAUUAGACGACAAAGUUCCUCAGCCAGCAUUGCCGCUAACGUGAAGCGGAAAGCUUUCAGCACGGAAGAACCGUCAUCUCUACAAUCAGCUACCGAAAUUAACGGAGAAAGGAAAAGAUCUAAUUCGCCGUACGAAACGUUCUCCGAUUCAGAGAACGAUUUGACCAGCACGAAGAACAGAAGGAAUACCGAAUCGACAGAAAAGUGCCUAAGUACAGAUUCUCUACCCGUUAGAUCGAAACGCUCAAAUCUCCUGGAACUGACAGAGAAGUUGACUGUCUCUAACAAAGAGCAGGCUAAAAACGGCGAACAGAACGAUGGUUGCGGUGAAAAGAAAUGUGCGCGAGUGGUAAAGAAUCUGAACGAGUUCUUGAACUUCACUAGUCUCAAUCGUAACAAAGUCACGCCGAGCGAUGCUGAACCCGAGCUUAGACGUGUUUCGAGCGAAAGCGGCGUGAUCAGAGUGUUGAGAGACGAACCCAGCUCGCCGGACGAUCCCGCAGACUUCUUCCCAAUGACUACGUCGAUGACCAGAGAAUUAAGACUGGAAUUGGAAUCGCUGGAUCGGCAAGUAUUUGGACCUUCGCCGCCCAGCGAGAUGCAAUGCGAUUGCGUGCUCUCAAAACGAGAAAGCGAUUUACCGGAGAGCGAGACCGAGACGGAAUUGGCAAGGUGCAGCCCGGCGGCGGACGUUUUUGUAUGGGAGAAUCCAUUGCACACGUUGCAACAGAAACAUCACCCCACGACUCCGGAUGAGCAGGCGGAAUUGGAGUAUGAUGGUGAAAUUUUGGAGGAUCAGAACGGCGUGAAAUCUGUCACGCCGAUCAGAUUGCUUAAACGUACCACCAGAUCCGAAUCGGCAUCCGAUAGCGAAGGAACGGAGAGUUGGCAUCAGAACGCGCCCCAGCCGGAGAGCCCGACGAAGCAGCAGCAGCAACUUGUCCAAGAGCAGUGCGAGGAGGCGACGGAGCUGACUAAUCUCAUACCCGCGGGAACGUGCGAGGAUCAAUUGGGCGAGAGCUCGCUGCCGCCUCCGAACGAAUUCGGUGGUGGCAAUCCGUUUCUGAUGUUCCUGUGCAUCACUCUACUACUGCAGCACCGAGACUUCCUUAUGCGCAAUCAAAUGGAUUACAACGAAAUGGCGAUGCACUUCGACAAGAUGGUCCGUCGUCACAACGUGAUCCGAGUACUUAAUCAGGCGCGACAGCUGUUCGCCGGUUAUCUCAGAAGACAUUCCGCCUCCUCUUCUUCGACCGGCUCGACUUCCACCAUCAAACCCGACUGCGUAAACGUAUAAUCCAUUCCCGAUCAGCUACCGAAAAUAUCAAUUCACAAUCAGACAGUCUGAGAUGCAAAAAAAAAAUAUUUCAAGCAGAAAUAUUUCAUCUAACUGGAUUAACGGCACAUAUCAUGGAAAUUAUGUCGCCGACUGGAACUUGGGAAGCUUAAGAGGACUCGAGUUAAUUCUCUCAAGGUGCUCGACGUUCGCGGAACGUUCUUGACGCUUGCUGAAUCCUCAGACAGUGUCUCUGAUAAACCGUUAAUUUUUACAACUUUUUUUUCCAAUAUGUAGAUAAACUACCUUUCAGCUAAUUAAAUAAAAAAUUACCCACACAUCCGUAAUUAAUUAUUAAAAUUGCUGUAGACAUUGAAAGUGUCCAAACGUGAUAACGAAUAAAUGACCAAUGUGUAAUAAGAGAGCAAUAAAAUGCAUCGUACUUAUAAUUACAUAAAAUUUUGAAGACAGUAUUUUCUGUAAGAAUAAUUUUUUUAAGAUAAGUCGUAUUAUUUAAAUUUAAUCAGAAAAAAACGGUAGAUCAGAGACAAUUGCCCAGGCCCGUACUUACUUUUCGACAGCACUCGUUAUUAUUCGUACGAGAGACUUCUCCACGCAUGAGUUGGAAUUGGAUUCGAUUCAGAAUACAACGAUCGGAAACGCUUAGUUAAUCCACGAAUGACACGUGUAGUCCUGUUCGUUCGCGCACGUUACCAUUCCAUCGCGACAUAAUGCACAAUAUCAUCAACCGCACGCAUCGACGAACCCUCUUACGCUGUACCUCAACGUAGAAUUAAGUCCUUAGUUUAACGCAUUCAGGGAUGGUCGUGAUAAAGCUGAAGCUGCGUCACUUCCGAAUGCGUUAAAUUUGUAAGAUACAUCCAUACCUACCAUAGAAUGGCUGAAUCUUAUUUUGUUCUCAAACGGUAUGCUUGGGAAACGACAAUAAAGUGCAUUUAAUUUCAUCGCUAUAAUGGUCGUUCUUUCUUUUUUUCUUUCUUACUGAAUUUAGAGCUAUCGGUGAAAUUUAUGAAAAUCCUGAAACAAAGUUUUGUCAUUUUUCAACAAGCGUGUAAACAAUUUUUUUCUUUGCCUAAUACUAUGUACAUAUAUAAUAAUUAUAAGAUAUCAAAUGUACUAAAUCAGUGACAGAAAGAAUUAAAAGAGAUUCAUGCAAUGAAAA